AUGAAAGAUAAGGGCAAGGAGAAUGUAUCUUUAGAGGAUCUUGCUGGUGAUGAUGAUGAAGAUAAUGAAGAAGAGGAUGGUGAGGAAGAAGGUGAUGAUGAAGAUGAUGAUGAGGAUGAUGACGAAGAGGGUGAUGACGAGGAAGAUGACGAUGAUGAGAAAGUCUUUUCUGCUAGCAGUCAUGGAUCUGAUAAUGACGAUGAUGAUGCUCAAGGUGGUAUGGGAAUUAAAGUAACUGAAGCUUCCAAUGAAAGAACUGUUGAUGACUUGAUGAAUGAUUCUGUGAAUGAAGAGACAGGGGGAGCUGAAGGAAAGGGGGAGCAUGGUAAUGAUCAGAAUGUUGAUCAAGUAGAAAAGCUGAUUCUUCGAAUUGAACCUCAUGUUGAAGAAGGUGAGAUAAGGCAUACUUACACAUUGGAUGAGGUACUGAAAAUGUUCAAUGUGAAAGAAGAUGAUUUUAAGUUCGAUUUUGAGGAGGAGCUGAAUGCUUUCGAUAUCAACCAUCAGCGUGAUUAUGAAUACAAUUAUGUUGAAGAUGUUGAUGUGUAUGACAGAGUUGAGGUCGAAGAUUGUACUGAUGACGAGAGUGAAAAAGAAGAUACUUCUCAGUUACCUACAUUGAUGGAGUUCUUCACUGAAGAAAAUCGGGAUGAACUUAGAAGAAAAGUUGCUGAAAUUCUUAAAGACAAAAAUUUUGAUGGCACCACAAAAGAUCCACUGAAGGAAGAACGUAAGAAAUGGUUCAAGGAAAGCAAUGAACGUAAAUUCAAACGUCCGUUGAAGUAUUAUCAGCGAGACAGAAGUAUUUCUUUGGGAGAUAUUAUUAUCUGGGGUUUUCUGCCUCAAGUUAAUGCGUAUGCGAUCAGGAGAGAAUGUGGUGUUCAAUAUUUUGAAAAGUUACAUGAUAUUAUGUCCCUUCCAUGGUGGGAUGUGGAUGAGUUAUCAAAAGUUAGAACCUUGGGGUAUCCGUCAGGAAGAAUGAUGCUGCAAUGUGGGGAUUGA